AUGCGAAUGCGAUCGGUCAUUCACUUCCAUCGAUGCACUGCCAUAACACUGCUCCGAUUGCGAUACUGGAAGUGUGACCUACGUUUCAGCAUUUGGGUCGAAGUGCACGAGAACAGCGGAGAUGCUAUUUUGUCUUUCAACAAAGCCAUGGCUGACACCUUCUACCUAUCCAACAUUGUACCUCAAAAUUAUUAAAAUAAUGCUGGCUUCUGGAAUAGGUUGGAAAUGUACUGUCAGUAUGAAAAAGGUUGGGUCAUUUCUAGCCCCUUGACUCUCCCAACAUUAGGAGCUGGUGGAAGAAAAAUAUACUCCUAUCAGGUAAUGGGGACAAAUGAUGUUGCUGUGCCCACACACCUGUACAAAGUCAUCCUCGCACACAAGAACAACACGUCCUCUGGGUUAUUGCCUCUGGCAGCCUUUGUCGUUCCCAACAAACCGAUCGGUUUCCAGGUGAGCCUGCAGACUCUGGAGAAGAUGUCUGGCCUCACUUUCUUCCCGGCUGACAAGGCCGGGCAGUGCAAUGACCUCUGUGAGGCGCUCAGCUGCCGGCUGUUUGACACCACGGAGUUUGCCCUGUCCGUCGCCGGGCGGAAAGCGAGGAAUGCCAAAACUUUGCAGGGCUUGGAGAAAGCCAUGGGCGAUCUCUGGGAACGUGGGAUUGAGCCAGACCAGUACCUGUGGGAUCUGUACUGGCAGAAGAGACAGGAGGUGGAAUUGAAGGAAGCCAGAGAAAGCCAAGCAGCCAAGGGUGGAUAA